AUGCCAUUCGCAGCCAUGGGGGGUCGCGGGCGUAUUUCUCGGAAGUCGUCGAUUAUUUGGCCGCCAGCAGCAACGGCCCCGACAACAGCUUCUUCACGAUUGAAUCUAAAUCCGUCGAUUUGCCCGUGGUGUCGGACGAAAUCACAAUACCCAAGAUCAGCUUCACAUGCUCUCCAGUCGCAGUCGAGGCGUCACUUCUCGAGCUCCUCCCCUCAGUCGUCAUGGGCCGCCGCCGUCCAAAAGAUCCAGAGCACCGUCGCCGAGGUCCUCCCCUCCUCUGCCCGACAAUCCACUGGUAAUAUCACCAUUGAUCCUCUCAAGAUUGUCGCGAAAGAAUUAAAAUUCCUCAACAAGAACAUCCGCCAGUUGCUUGGAUCGGGACACCCGAUACUAGACACGGUUGCAAAGUACUAUACGCAGAGCGAAGGGAAGCAUGUUAGGCCACUGCUCGUGCUGCUGAUGUCGAGGGCGACUGCUUUUGCUGCUAAGCAGCCGCGGCCUAGAUAUGAUGUUCAACAUACUUUGUCCAGAAACGCCAUUGACACGCCGAUCACGAGCCCGUCCGUGCUUCUUGACAAAAAUCCAGACAAAGACCUACAGAAUUAUGCCUCUGCCGUGUCGCCAUUGACGGAUACCUCAAACGAAACGGAGUUCGCCUUUCCCAAUGAUGCCGCAAUCCUGCCCUCGCAGCGACGACUGGCAGAGAUUACGGAACUCAUCCAUACCGCUUCCCUUCUCCACGAUGAUGUGAUCGACCACUCGACCACUCGCCGCUCCGCACCCUCCGCAAACACCACAUUCGGGAACAAAAUGGCUGUGCUUGCGGGUGAUUUUAUGCUCGGGCGUGCCUCUGUCGCCCUCGCUCGAUUACGGGACCCCGAAGUCACGGAGUUGCUUGCAACAGUAAUUGCGAAUCUGGUGGAAGGCGAAUUCAUGCAACUGAAGAACACUGCGAGUGACGAGAAGAACCCCAACUGGAGCGAGCAGACCAUAUCUUACUAUCUACAAAAGACAUACCUGAAAUCUGCAAGCCUGAUCAGUAAAAGUUGCCGUGCAGCGGCGUUGCUCGGACAGUGCGCCCCAAAUGUGGUCGAGGCUGCAUACCAGUAUGGGAAAAACCUGGGACUCGCGUUUCAGCUUGUGGACGACAUGUUGGAUUACACGAUAUCUGGAACCGAAUUGGGGAAACCGGCCGGUGCGGACUUGGAGCUGGGGUUGGCGACGGCGCCGCUGUUAUUUGCAUGGAGGAAUAGGCCGGAGUUGGGGUUGUUAGUGGGCAGGAAGUUCUCAAAAGAGGGUGAUGUGCAGAAGGCAAGGGACAUUGUAUCGCAGAGCGACGGUCUCGAGCAGACUCGCGCCCUGGCUCAGGAAUAUGCCGACAAGGCUGUUUCCUCAAUCAGUGCGUUUCCACCCGGCGAGGCCAAGGAUGGCUUAGAGGAGAUGUGUAUAAAGGUUAUGAAGCGUCGAAAGUGA